AUGAUCAUUAGCCCCGAAAACCAUCAUUCUAUGAGUAAUAUUAGAUCCAUGGUGAAUCUUGGUAAAAAAGGAACACCAUCCAAAGCUAUAAUAACCAAGCUUUUAGCCAGCAAGUUGUUAACCAAAGUUGACCUAUCAGGCAUCAAUUUGGAAGAAAUUCCAAAAAAGAUUUUCAAAUUAUUUCAGCUCAGGUUUUUAAGCCUGAAUGGGGAUAAGAUUGAAAAAGUCCCAAAAUCCAUAAAAAGGCUUCCAAAUCUGGAGUAUUUAGAUCUCAGGGGGACUAAUGUAAGGAGAUUACCCAUGCAAAUCAAUAAGCUUCACAAACUUCGUCUUCUAUUACUACACCAGCCUGCCUCAAAUGCUUCAUCUUUCCCAUGUGAUGGAUUCAGGGCUCCAUCUGGAAUUGGAGAGCUUCUUGAGUUACAAACAUUAAUGGUCAUAGAUGCAGCAGAGAGCGAUGAAACUGAAGUAGUGAACAAGAUUGGAAAUCUGUCCAAAUUAAGAGCAUUGUCAAUUACAAACUUGAGAAGGGAAGACGGAAAAGAACUCUGCUCCUCGAUUGAGAAGCUGAGCUAUCUGCAGUCAUUAGCAAUCGCUUCUUCGGAAAAAAAAUUAAAUUGGAUCUAA